AUGGCCAUCCAACAGGUGGGCGGCCGGGGACGGGUGGUGGCCGAGCUGUUUGAGCGGAGAAGGGGCUGCCACAGCGAAGACAGGAAGCAGACGCUGUUGAUGCUGCUGGUUUUGCUGCUGUACCUGGGCACAGAGAUAUCAGGAAGAACUUGGGAGAUGUCAGAAAGGAUCAGAGACUAUAACUACCCCCAAAAUCCCGUGGCUUCCCAGGGGUUCGAAUAUCAGACCAAGGAGCCUGCCGAAGAGCCAGGAAAGGGCACGCGGAACUGGGUGAAGAAGAACUUGCACGUUUUCUUGGAGAAGUUAGAGGAAGAGCUGCGCGAGCUGGAGCAGCUGGUGCGGGACAUGGAGAUGUGGCUGGACGCUCUUCUGGGAGAGACGCACCUGGAGGAGCCCUGUCCCUCCCACAAGAGUCACUUGUGA